AACAAAAUGCCAAACGUGUGUGGCCCGCCAUAAGCUAUCUUUGGGGGAGGUUGCUUCUCCCAGUUGUAUGAACUCUAGUUUAAGCAAAGGGAGAAAGCUAGGGUUUAUUUUCUUGUCUACUCAGAUCGCCCUUUCUGCAGCGCAAAGCUAUCCUCAACUUUACUCUCAUGUCCAUAUCAUAACCAAUUAAUUCAUUACGUCUAUCUGAAGGCAGUCCCAAUUCGCCCAAAUCUACAUAUAUCUAGAUAUUGAAGUCCAUAUCAUUCAAAAAAAAUGGCUGGUCUAGCAGCUUUCUCAGCAUUUAUCUGUGUUCUCUGGGCUACUGUGAGUUAUGGGCAGGAAGUUGGUCAUGGUUAUCGUCUUAUUUCCAUUGAGAAAGGGUCUGAUGGGAGCUUGAUAGGAAGCUUGGAGGUUAUACAGAGCACUGAUACUUAUGGACCAGAUAUUCCUCUUCUCCAGCUUUAUGUCAAGCAUGAAACAGAGGAUCGGAUAAGAGUCCAUAUAACUGAUGCAAAGAAAAAGAGAUGGGAAGUUCCUUAUAAUCUACUUCCUAGGGCACAAGUACCUGAUUGGCAAGGAAGACAAGAAAUCAUAAUUUCCAAACCAAUGUUUGAAUAUGUUGAGCUUUUAGGUAAUGAGUUGGUCUUCUCUUAUACUACCAAUCCAUUUGGGUUUGCAAUUACUCGCAUUUCCAAUGGGGAUGUCCUCUUCAACUCCUCCUCUUAUGGUAACUUGGUGUUCAAAGACCAAUAUUUGGAGAUCACUACAUGCCUUCCCACAAUAGCUGUAUUAUAUGGUCUUGGAGAGAACACACAACCAGAUGGAAUUAAGAUUGUGCCCAAUCAACCUUAUACUCUUUAUGCAAGUGACAUUUCACCUAAAAAUUUGUACACAAAUUUGUAUGGGGUUCAUCCCUUUUACAUGGAUUUAAGGGAGGAAGGUGUUGCUCAUGGAGUGCUACUAUUGAAUAGCAAUGGGAUGGAUGUUUUCUAUAAUGCUAGUGUGUUAACAUAUAAGAUCAUUGGAGGUGUGCUCGAUUUCUACUUCUUUGCAGGGAAGUCUCCAUUGGAUGUGGUUCAACAAUACACUUCCCUCAUAGGUCGUCCAGUUGCUAUGCCUUAUUGGGCUUUCGGUUUUCACCAAUGUAAAUUUGGUUAUAAGAAUGUUUCAGAUAUAGAAUAUGUGGUGGACAAUUAUAAUAAAUCACAAAUACCAUUGGAGGUAAUGUGGACUGAUGAUAACUACAUGGAUGGGGCUAAGGACUUUACACUAGAUCCUAUUAAUUAUCCUAAAGAAAAGUUACAUUCUUUCAUUGACCGAAUUCAUGCCAAUGGUCAAAAAUAUGUUAUCAUUGUUGAUCCAGGAAUUAGUGUGAAUUCUACUUAUGAAACCUUUCAACGAGGGAUGGCCUCUGAUGUCUUCAUAAAGCAUGAUGGCGAGCCCUUUGCGGGUCAAGUAUGGCCAGGAGUUGUUUAUUUCCUUGACUUCCUCAAUCCAAAAACAAUUUCCUUUUGGGAAGAUGAGAUAUCACAAUUCUACAAGAUAGUCCCAAUGGAUGGCCUUUGGAUUGAUAUGAAUGAGAUAUCCAAUUUUUGUAGCGGAAAAUGCACUACCCCUAAUAAUAAAACAUGCCCUGGCCAAGGUGUUGUCUUCACAUGUUGCCUUGAUUGCACCUCAAUUAAUAACACUCAAUGGGAUAAUCCCCCUUACAAGAUCAAUACCUUUGGAACACAUGCCCCAAUUGGAUUGAGUACUAUUGCCACAAGCUCCACCCACUAUAAUGGUAUACUUGAGUAUGAUGCUCAUAACCUCUAUGGGUUCUCAGAGGCAAUUGCCACACACAUUGCCCUUCAAAAAAUCUUGAAUAAACGUCCCUUCAUAUUGUCAAGGUCUACAUUUGUUGGGUCGGGAUCAUACACAGCACAUUGGACUGGGGAUAACCUUGCUUCUUGGGAGGACCUUAGACACUCCAUCUCAACAAUAUUGAGAUUUGGGAUGUUCGGCAUACCAAUGGUUGGGGCUGAUAUAUGUGGAUUUUUAGGUGGUACUAAUGAGGAGUUAUGUGCACGAUGGAUUCAAUUGGGAGCAUUUUAUCCCUUUAGUAGGGACCAUUCUAAUUUUGAUAGCCCACGACAGGAACUUUAUUUGUGGGACUUAGUGGCCAAGUCAGCACGCAAAGCAUUGGGACUACGUUACAAAAUCUUGCCUUAUAUUUAUACACUAAACUAUGAGGCUCAUAUGAUAGGGGACCCCAUUGCACGACCCCUAUUUUUCUCUUUUCCAAAGGAUGAGGAGACAUACGAUGUAAGUACCCAGUUUCUCAUUGGUCCAGGUGUCCUAGUGUCCCCUGUUCUACAAAAGCAGACAACUACAGUGACUGCUUAUUUCCCUAAAGGGAGUUGGUAUAGUUUGAAUAACAUGGAAAACUCCUUUACUUCUGUGGGUGAGUAUGUGACGUUAGAGGCCCCCAUGGAUACUAUUAAUGUUCAUAUUUGUAAUGGGAUGAUUCUUCCCAUGCAAGAAGGGGGUUUAACAACUACAGAGGCUAGGAAGACUCCAUUUACUUUGGUGGUAUCAUUUCCAAUAGGAUUAAACUAUAGUAUGGGAAAUGCAAAAGGUGAACUCUUUUUAGAUAAUGGUGAAGAUGUGGAAAUGAAGUUGCAAGAGGGAAGUUCCACUUAUGUCGUCUUUUUUGGUGAAUCAGAUGGAAAAAGAAUUACAGUCAAGUCUGAGGUACAAAUGGGGAACUAUGCUAUCGAAGAGGGUUGGAUGGUGAAACAUGUGGUAGUUUUAGGACCCUCUCCUUCUCCUUUAGUUUUCCAUGUCGAUUUUCCUAUAGGAAAGAACUUUAGUAUUACAUGGGACAUAAAGAACAUCCAAUCAUAUGCGAGUUAUCAAGCUUCAAAUCCUAUCAUGAUCAUGUAAAAUCUUCUCUAUUCAAAAUUAGAAAGCUAACUCCGAGUAACACAUGCCAAAUAGUGUCAUGAAGUCAUGCUUUAAGCAUUGGAUGUGAGUAUUUAUAAAAUAUUGUAUGUUUGGUCUUUAAUUAAAAAUGAAAAAAACAGAAACAAUGUACAUUGGAGUAUUGUAAAAAAUAAAUUUAUGAAGAAUAUGUGUAAAUUGAUCUUAAA